AUGGAAGGCUACGUAAUAGUGCAUCCUACAGGAAAGGGCAUUGGAAAAGGAGGAAAGAUUUUAAAAAGAGGAAUCAAAUACCGCAAAGUUUUCAGAGACAACAUAAGAGGAAUUACUAAAGGCGAUAUUCGUCGCUUGGCUCGUCGAGGAGGAGUGCAACGAAUUUCCGGAUUAAUCUAUGAACUUUCGCGGAAUGUUCUAAAACUGUUUUUAGAAAACGUAAUUCGCGACGCCGUUACUUUCACCGAGCAUGCCAGGAGACAAACAGUUACUGUAAUGGAUGUCGUUUAUGCUUUAAGACGUCAAGGUCGUACUCUUUAUGGUUUUGAUGGAUAA